GAUUUACAUGUUCCUAUAAAUCAAAAAUUACCGUUAAUUGAAGUGACGCUUAAAACAUUUAUGUUAUGUAGUAAAUUGUUUUAAAAUGCAGUCUACAAUUGAAGAAUUGGAUACUUUGGCGGAAACUAUUGCAAAAACUUUAGAUGAACCGAGAGAAAUUCAUCUGAAACAAAUUGUUGGGCGCUUUGUUGACUUACCAAGACUUUUGGAUAACAAAACUCCGGGAAUUUAUGUGUUCAUAGUGAAAUGGUUUCGUUUAUAUUUGAAAAUGCAAGUAUCCAUGAAUCCGAAAAAUGUCCAACUUAUACGAAAAUUCGAACUGACUAUACCAAAAGCAAUAACUUAUAUAAUUGGUUGCUUGCAAUAUAAAGUUAGGGCAAAGGAUGCACCAAAUUAUCAUUCUACUUUGUUAGAGAUAAUGAAUACAAUUUUGUGUAACUCUCAACCAAAUGUUUUAAAGGAAUUUGAGAAGUUUGAGAGAGGAACCAUAUCAUGCUUAUGGAAAACCAUCUCAUUUGUUGGAGAUUUCAAUACACAAUUAUUGGCCUUAACCAUCUAUUCAAAACUUUUGAAUAGCCUUAGCUAUACUAAAAGGGAGCAAGAACUAAAAAUGAUACAACUAAUUAAAUUGAAAAAGUUUAGAGAGAGUCUACAAAAAGUAGUCGAUGGAACCCAACGAUUGGACGUUUUUUACAAUGUUUGCCGGGAUUUUCUAAAUAAUUUCAAUAUGAAUUUAUCAAAUAAAUGUUUGGUAUACUCGUUCUACUGCAAAAAGGUUGUCUUCAAUAACUACGAAUUUUUUCAUCCGCACUCUGAACAGUUUUGGAUAGAUUUGAAUUACUAUUCCCAUACUAUUUCAUUUAAAUGUCGCAUAAAAUCCGAGUGCAACUCAUAUAAAUUGAAGGAUUUUAAUACUAUUUUGAAAUGGAAUCGGAUUGAGUUGGAGGUUGAUUAUUUAUCAAUUACCAUUCACAAGUCAAGCGUUUUAUCCUUGCCCCAUAACAUGCAAACAGACUUAAAACAUCUCAAUAUUAUGCGAAUUUAUUUACCCACAGCGGAAAAACAUCGAAUAAAAGCAAACAACGAAAUGCUCGAAUAUUUCAAAAAUGAAAAUGAGACCAAUUACAAAGAUAUGCAAAAUGAAACCAACGAAAGAUGGCCUCUUAACAACGUUACUAAUACUCCAAAUUCAAUGCGACAAGAAUCUACGUCAGAGGACACUGAAUUUGACACUAUAACUAUUGCAAAAGAUCCCAAUUGCAGUUUGGAAAAAUCUGAGAAUUAUAAACCGAAAUCACUUAAACGAAAGUUUUUUAAUUACAUUGAAGAACCAGAAGCAACGGAAAUUCAAAAGAAAAAGACAUCUAAGAAGGAAACGGCUAGAAAGAAAAAAACCUCAAGCGCCAAAAGAACAAGAAUUUUAAAUCCUCGACCUGAAAGGAAGACAGUAUGUGCUGUGAUUCCCAUUGUCGAUUUGACGAAAUCUCCAAACAAAUUGAAAAACUCUAAGCUGCAGGAUAAUGGUUGUGCAUUGCAAUAUCUAAAUGAGAAAUAUACAAAAUUAUCAAAAGAUGGGGUGAAUGAUGUAUGCCAAAACGAUGACAUAUAUGAUUAUAAAUCGAAUAAUAUAAACGAAAAAUUUUGCCAGUCAUAUAGCAAAUUUAAAGAGCUUCGUCCAGUAGAAAAACACCCAAAAAGUGUCGACUUCAGACAAAUCUCAAACAAAAACUUGGCGAAUGAAAAGAAUAAUAUGCCGCCUGAAACAUCAAACAUGGAUGAAAUAUUUGCAAAAAAAUUGCGAAAACGAAAAGUUACACCACAGAAUAUUUUUAAUGAAGACAACAAGGAAAACAAACCAAAACCAAAUGAUUCUCCUGCAGCCGCCAAAAGACAUACAUUUGGAGAUAACAUUUCAACACCGCUGAAUUCGCCCGUUUCCAUACCACGAACACCAGUAUCACCUAUAAACAUGGCUGUAUCCGAUAUCAAUGUUACACCAACGGCUGUAUCAGAAGAUAUCUAUAAAAAUGGUACUUUUUUUGGGAUAAAUAGCCGAGCCAAAAAUGACAAUCCACAGUUUGGUGAUAUAAAACCAAUCCUUCAAAUCGAGAACAAGGAAACAUUUAAAUUUCAAUCUGUCGAAACUACUGCAAAUUGUGAAGCACUCCAUGAUUGUGUAAUUUAUCAAAAUCGGUUGAGUGACAACAGCAGUGAUAGCGAAACGAGUGAUACGGAAACAAAUGUUGUACAACAGCAUAAACGUAACUCAGAAAAAUUGCAACAAGUUCCACAGGUCUCCGUGUUGCCAAUGGUACAUGAUUACAAGAAGAUGAGUGCUAAUAAAUCCAACACCGAUUCAAUUGUUUUACCUUCAAAAGUUACUGAACAGAGGAUGAAACAAGUGAAUUUCAGUCCAGAUGUUAUUAUUUCUGAUAAUCUAAAUUAUACCUUGAAUAAUGGCAACAACAAUGAAUCCCGAGCAAUGACACAAAGAACUGUUACUUCGUCAUUAUUAAGAAAAUCCGACAGUUAUGGACUAAACCCAAUGUUCCCUUUGGAACAGAAAUCUAUUAAUGAAGGGGAAAAAUGUCAAUCGAAUUUAAAAUCUCAUAAUAAUUUUCAGAAGGUAAACGAAGCACUCAGAUAUCCAGAUUUGCUAUCACAUACAAACAUAAGUAAAAAAUCCACAAAUAACGAAAUACUUGAAAUAACUUGUUACACAAGAUAUGUGUUAAGAAAUAACGUGUCCAAUUUGCAAGAAAUAUCAGAUUUAGUAUCGAGUGGUCGUACUCUACAUACUACAGCGAGAGAGAGACCCAAAAAUUCGAAUACAAACCUUUAUGAUCAUGUGGACCAUAAAAACGUUAAAUCUUCAAAGCAUCAAAGUAGCUUCAAAACUGUCGGAAAAGCCAUUGUCAUAGGUCAGGAGAAGAUGAAUUCCAUUAACAUCCCAGAACGUCCAGGACCAAUAUGCCGUUCCAAUUCUGCUACAAUAACAGAUGUAACAAAUAAACAAUAUCAGCAGGAAAACAGGAAUGAAAUAUCAAAUUUAAAUAUAGAUAUUUUCGAAAUUGCUAAUACAAGCAAUAUUAACGAAAUCGUGUCGGAAGUGGGCCAUACAAAUAUGGAAACUGUUGAGAUGCUUCAUUAUUAUCAGGAAAACAAGUCGAAAUGUAAUUCCAAAAUACCCAAUGAUCUGGAACAUAAAGAUGAACCUAACUCCAACGUUGCGAAGAAAAUACUUUGCAAGAACACUAAGCCGAAAAAUUCCAGCGACAAUACCUCAAAAGAAGACAAAGCACAGAAGAAACCAUUUGCAAAUAAUUUUGAUAAUUUCGAUCAUUUGUACGAAGACUCUUCAUCUUAUGGAGUUUCCACGCAACAACAACACAACAAAGAUUCAGACAAUUCACUGCCAGCUUUAAAUAAUCCUUUUAAAUUGGAGGCCGAAAUUCAGGAGCACUCAAUCACAAAAUCACAAGCUAACACCAAACAUGUUGAACUACUGUACGGGAAAUGUCUAACGAAUUAUUUUAAUAUAAUCAAAGAAAUAAUGUGUGAAAUGAAUGAAAAUUUUCUCAGAUCUGUCGAACAACGUAAGAAACUAGAUAUGCUUAGGCGGAGUAUGGAGCAAAUCAUACAUACAAUGCAAAAGCAAUGUGAAAAAUAUUUAACCAAGAGUGAUGAAUUUGAGAGAUGUCAGGAAAACAUUGAAAACAUCCUAGAGGUAAUAUCAACAGACGGGGAUAUACUCAAUGCGAAUAACGAGUGCACUCAGUUUAUAAACCAAUUUAGAAUUUUGGAACAAAAUCUUCGAAAAAAGAUUUCAACAAAAUACUUAAAUCUAAAAAAUCAAACCAUCGAAAAAGACAUUCAGAAGCUCUUUGAUAAUAUAUAAUAGCUAUAUACAUAUGUAAAGAAGUUACUAGAUACAAAGAUACUGUUUUAUAUAUCAUGAAUAUAUUUAAAGAUGUUAUUUGUUAAUAUUUAAAAAUAAACCAAUACUUUCUCAAUAAAAUUAAACCAGCA